UACCUCUGCAGUUGUGAAUUUGUGUCUUUUAAUACAAUGGUUUCUAUCCUCUCUGAUCUGGACCCACUGAAAAGCUGGAAAGUUUUAAGAGAGACUGCCACAGAGUUGUCUGGAACGUUACCAAGUAACGGCACAGCUAACAAGAUGAAUGGAGCUUUGGAUCACUCCGACCAACCAGACCCGGAUGCCAUUAAGAUGUUUGUCGGACAGAUCCCCCGUUCCUGGUCGGAAAAAGAACUGAAAGAACUUUUCGAGCCUUAUGGAGCCGUCUACCAGAUCAACGUUCUUCGAGAUAGGAGUCAAAAUCCUCCCCAAAGCAAAGGUUGUUGUUUCGUAACAUUUUAUACAAGAAAAGCAGCACUUGAGGCACAGAAUGCCCUCCACAAUAUUAAAACUUUACCUGGGAUGCAUCAUCCCAUUCAGAUGAAACCGGCAGACAGCGAAAAGUCCAACGCUGUGGAAGACAGAAAAUUGUUCAUAGGAAUGGUUUCGAAGAAGUGUAAUGAGAACGAUAUCAGGGUGAUGUUUUCUUCGUUUGGGCAGAUAGAAGAAUGCCGUAUCCUUCGGGGACCAGACGGGCUGAGCAGAGGCUGUGCGUUUGUCACGUUUUCGACAAGGGCAAUGGCACAGAAUGCAAUCAAAGCCAUGCACCAGUCUCAGACCAUGGAGGGCUGUUCUUCACCAAUAGUCGUGAAAUUUGCUGAUACCCAAAAGGACAAGGAGCAAAGACGUUUACAGCAACAGUUGGCACAACAGAUGCAGCAACUCAACACUGCCACCUGGGGGAAUCUCACAGGUCUUGGAGGACUGACGCCGCAGUACCUGGCUAGAUUAGACAUUAAUAUGGAUUUACAGCAUCGACUCUGGGGACCUUCAUUCCAACACCAGGCAGAAGCAAGAGACUGUAUAAAUCUUUUGCAGCAAGCAACUUCCUCCAGUAACUUGGGUGCCUUCAGUGGCAUUCAACAAAUGGCUGGAAUGAAUGCUUUACAGUUACAGAAUUUGGCAACUUUAGCUGCUGCAGCUGCCGCCGCCCAAACCUCAGCUACCACCACCAAUGCAAACCCUCUGUCCACAACCACCGGUGCCCUCGGCGCUCUCACGAGUCCAGUGGCUGCAUCAACGGCAAAUUCUACAGCUGGGGCGGCCAUGAAUUCUUUGACUUCUCUGGGCACUCUCCAAGGACUGGCUGGAGCCACUGUUGGAUUGAAUAAUAUUAAUGCACUAGCAGGUAUGGCCGCCCUGAACGGAGGACUCGGUGCAACAGGCUUGACGAAUGGUACAGCAGGCACAAUGGAUGCCCUCACCCAAGCCUACUCAGGAAUUCAGCAGUACGCUGCUGCAGCACUACCUACAUUGUACAGUCAGAGUUUGUUACAACAACAAAGUGCUGCAGGCAGCCAGAAAGAAGGUCCAGAAGGAGCAAACCUCUUCAUUUACCACCUUCCACAGGAGUUUGGAGACCAGGACAUUCUGCAGAUGUUCAUGCCUUUUGGAAAUGUUAUUUCUGCUAAAGUCUUCAUUGACAAACAGACCAAUCUGAGCAAGUGCUUUGGUUUUGUUAGCUACGACAAUCCCGUCUCCGCACAAGCUGCUAUACAGGCGAUGAACGGCUUUCAGAUCGGCAUGAAACGCUUGAAAGUUCAGCUGAAGCGCUCCAAAAACGACAGCAAACCUUACUGAUCUUAAACCCAGAAGCUUACUGCUAUUAAUUUAGAUUUCUUAGGACAUCUUCAUGCCCGUUAGCUCAUCGUUUGCCUAGCAUGUCCCUGUGGCGUCUCAAAUUUUAAAAAAAAGUUUCAUCGUCCCGUCAUUGUUUCUGAUGUCUUUCUGACCUCACAUCAUAAUUUGGUUCUCCUACUGACCUUUGAUCUAUAGUUUGAACCUUUGAAAUUUGCAUGUGACCUCAUCUAGCUAUGAAUUCUGGGAAGUCAAUGUGAAAAGCAUUGCUGCAUUUGUGCAAGAUCGAAAUUUAUUAUUAGUCAAAUUAAUAAUAAGGUUAUUUAAAAAAAAUAACACAACACACACAACCUGUGGCAAAUGUUUUGUUAGGGUUUUCAGUUUUCCUUUUUUUUUCUUUUUGUGUUUUUUUAAUUUUUUUAAAAAAACAGACUUGAAAGUAUUAUACAGAGAUUGGCAUUCUGGCUAGUCCCUGGCGACAGUAGCAAUAUGUGUCCAGAGGCACAGAAUGUUGGUUUCUAAUAGACUACUUCCAAAACAGUUUGAAGAAGAAGAACUGUCUGAUUUUAAGUCUCUAGAGGUCUGUAAUAGUUUUUACAUUUUUCAGGCAGUGUAAAGUUUUUUGAUAAAGCCAUUUUAGGUGGCUCACUUUCUCAUUAAGAAUAUAUAUAUAGAACCACUUUUUGUAGAUUAGUAUAACAAAAAAAAAUUUACCCUGUUUUAGGGCAAAUGCUACCUAUUUGUGUCACCUUUUGCUGAACUGACUCACAAGUUAGACAAUCCAUGAAUUAAUGCACAUGAAAAUUACCUAUAUUUUAUACUGUUUCGAUGUACAGGAGAAAGGUUACUGUUUGAUGCUGUUUCAUUGGUGCUUCUGUGAAUUAAGUUGUGAUUUCAUCAUGAGUCUAAUGGUCUUUAAGUGUUCUGUGUUUAUAAACGAGAAGUUUGAAAUUGGUUUUUACUUGAACAACAUCAACAGCAGAAAACAAAAAAAACAAAUUUCAAAAAACAAAAAAAGUUGUUUGCUUAAAAUAAAAAAAAAAGUUUUCAUGUGAGAAAUCAAAACUAUUCCAGACUAAGUUUGUGUUGGCUUCUGUGACGCAUUGGUGUCAAUUUUUUUUCAUUUCUUUUUUUUCCCUUUUUUUCCAAAAAUUAUUAUUGUGGGCAAUUUAGAUGUGUUUGUGUUCAGCAAAAUGUGAUCAUUUUUUCCUUCUAAAGAAAUAAUAAUAAUAAAAAAUCAGUGAAAACUCUUAGUGCCAAAUUCCAAAGGUACUUUUUUUCUUCCUAGAGCUUCAGUGUGUUUCUUGUGUGAAGUAAUUUGAUAACAUGGGUAUUUUACUAUGUGUUUUGUAUAAAUCCCUAAUAUUUAAAGGAUAAAAAAGAGGUUUAAAAGUUUGUUAACUUGCUAUCCUGUGGUCUUGUUGCCUGAAAUUGUUGUUGUUUGUUAAUUCUCUUGGAUGUUUUUUGUACAACAUUGUAUAAGUGCCCAUGUUUCACUUUUCUAACCACUCUGCACAUCAACGCUGUGAAAGCAAAGCUCUCAAUGUAAUUUCUUCAUACUGUAUGAGAACCUCUAAGGUGAGAAAGUUUUGAACUUUUAACCCUUUCCACCCAGAGCUGUCUUGAGUGUUAAUACUUUUAUACAUUCACCAUUUUGCUGUUUAUUUUUAUAUAUACAUAUAUAUAUAUCUAUAGCUAUAAAUAUAUAUAUACUUAAUUUUUGUGGUUUAUUUAAUACAUGGUUGAAGUCAGAAAAUGCACAGGGCAGACCUGAAGGACAAAAAAAAAAUAUUUUACUGCUGUCUAAAUUUCUUCUGUAUCUAUAACUAAAAAAAAAAUAUUUAAAAUAGUAAUUGUGGUUCUCCUUUUUAGGUCUUUGAAAUUUUUUUUUGUCUUUUCUUAAAAGAGCUUUUAAUAUGCUGCUGGAAUAUGCUAUUCAGUAUUAAUAAAAUAAAAGAAUUCUUUAAUUAUGUAUUGUAUAAGACACUCCUAGUCAGGAGAGCUUAAACCCAACAUUUGAAAACAUUAAGAAAAAAAUAUUUUUGUAAUGAAAUAAAAUGAACUUUUGCUUAAACCCAAUGCACUAGAACUUCCUGGAUGAAAUUUCGUUGUGCAAUGCAGUUAAAACUACUUUUUACGGAUGAGGUUUACACAUGUUGUGAUGCUUUGAUGUGUUAUCUGCCAUUAUCUGUAGUAUACUGGUCCAGACGGACGCGAACCAAAGUCGGUGAGGUGAUAUCUGUUAGCAAAAGGAGUAUGCAAACUUUUGAAUGAUGACAAAUUCUUCAAAGCAAACCAACAAAAAAAGCAGACAUGAAAUGCUUCUCAACUGUGUUGAGAGCACACAUGGUAGAUGUAUAUGCCCCUGAUGUAUAUGCAGGAGUCCACACAUGUUCUUAGCACAAACAGCCAGUAUGUGGUGGCUGCUUGGAAGAGUAGAGCCCUUAGGUCUGCCCUUCCAUUGCAUUUGAUGGCCAACUGCAGCAUAAAGCACAAGGCAUAGCCAGCCAUGCAGAUGACAAUAUCCCAUGUCCACUCCCAUCGGUAGCAUCUCCUGGUCUCAGGUUUCAGGCAGAGGGGGAGGGGCGAUGCUGAAUUAGCUGGCACCUUCAUCUAUUCAAGAGCACAGCCAGAAGCUUGGCACUUAUUUUGCCGGGAUUUUGACAUCUGAUACCGUCCCUCACCCUUCCCUCUCUCAAGCGUCGUAGUAAAUCAUUUUGGGAGCUUGCAAGAGUUGGCAUCACAAAGGAGUUGGGGCAGCUGUUGUUUUGUUUUUUAAAGAAAAGUCAGAAGUCGAGUUAGGAAGUAGCGCAUUUGGGAACUGACUUCUAGAUUGAUUGAAGCCAAAGUUUCAAUGGGAUUGCCCGAGCUCUGUAGAGAUGUUUCACACUUUGCCUUGUGAUUGUGUUUUGGCAUACAUACACAGAAGUUUCUAAGCACAUCAGGAAGCUGAGUCAAUUGGGGCUCUGCAGCACAUAUCCUCAACUAUUUUGGAAUGCCCCUAUGUCUUUAUGCAGUGGUUGUUUUGCUGCGACUACCAUGGCAUGUUCAGCAGCAAAGAGUGGGAAAGGCAGAUAAAGAUUCCUAAGCAUGCAGCCAGCAUGCAUCCAGGAUCCCUGGCUGAUCUAGGCACCGGAGUAUAGAUCCCUAAGCAUUUAGAAAUGCUGGCCUGCCCUUCAUCUUUCCUUUAGAGAUUACCGGUAUAGAUGCAGGAACCACAACUGCCUUGAGAAACAGUUCUUAGUCUUGGGCAGACGUUCCAGCACAGAUAUUUGGAAUAGGAUUGUUCCUCUGAAAUUAUUAUAAAUUAUAUCUUUGUAGUCCGCCUUGGUUCUCUACCAAAUUAAUAGGCACAGCUUUCUGUUCUACUCAACAAAGGGUAUUGCAUAGUUUGGAAGCUUGCACACUCCAGCAGCAGAGGGGUAUCACCCCACCGGCUUUGUAUCUCUUUUUCUCUGUCAUGGCAAUAUAUGGGCACAGCCCUGCAAACAUUCACUAUGGAGAAAGAGAGAGAAAGUCCUAUAAAUCCUAAGUGUUUGCAGGAUAAAGCCCAGGAAAUAUUUUUUUUUAAAGAUGCUGAUAACCCUUCACGGCCUUUUUCUUUCUUUCAAGUUGGAUUGGAUAGCAUUCCUACUCCUAAACCAAAUUUGGGUCUUCUGAACUGGCAAAUAAACCCCCACUCCAAGCCAAUACAUUUAAACAGCCUUAUCUGCUACUGAGAAAAGUGCCAUAAUUAUUCCCUCUUGUCUAUUCCUAUUUGAUCUCAUUUAAUGCCACGCCCACCUUCCUCUUCCCCCCAAAAUCUCCUUGAUUUUUUUUUUAAAAAGACAGACGGUGGUCACUCUGCCUUCUCCCCUUUCUUUUAAAUGUUUGUUUUAUAGAGAAGCCCUGGGGUGGAAAGGAGUAGAAUCCAAAAGAUGCAAAAAAAAAAGAGGGGGGGGGAAAGAGGGGGAAACUGGUUUCUUAUAGCACACGCACUUAUACAUAAAUGCUCUGUGUUAUUCUCGUGUGUUUUUACUACUGCUGGGGCCUUCCUGAAUCCUUUGAGGGCUAUUUUGUACUUCUUGCAGCAUUUUUUGCCUAUUGAAUUAUAGCAUAACAUAAUGAUACAUAAUACGGGGUAAGCAUUAGGUCUUUUCAGGAUAUAAGUUUAUUCAGCAUUUAAAUUUCCAAAAUGAUCUUGCGGCUUAAAAAAAGGGGGGGGGGAAAUUCCUUGGAUCCUUUCCAUGUUGAAAAAACGCUGCAAGAGACUGCCAUCCUUGCCCCCCCCUUCUGCACCCCCUCCAUGAAUUUCAGUGGGGUUUGCACAAAAUCCCUAUGUGAGCCUUGUUAAAAUGGCAACAGUGCAUGAUGGAUCACACGGUAGGGGCAACACAAUCAUCAGUAAGGAGCCAUCGACUCCCCUCCAUGAAAUGAGGAUGCUUCUCCCUGCAGAAGGAAGGUUCCUUCUGUCGGUGGAUUUCCCAGGGAAGCGAGUCACUGGAUGCAGCUUGGCAUUUUUUUGUCAUGGUUCCAGUCGGUGCCGAUCUGCUUAAGACUCUGGAAUUCUUCUCAAAUGGUGCCUCACAAAUCUGGCAGGCACUCCCCCACCCCACCCCACCCCCCGCAAUUAUUAGUUAUUCUCCAAGCAGCAGUCAUUUUUGUAGAAUAGACGAAAUUUUGACUAUCAACGAAAAAGAAUACUGCGAGUUUUCAUCCGCUUCCUUAGAGACGAAGGCUGGGAUCCAAAGAUGUGACAGGAAUGUCAAGGACAAAAUUGUCCAUGCCGCUAAUGUUUUCCUUGCCGGGUACACCUCACCAUUCCCACAGCCAAUCAGCUGCCGUUCAGUUUUUUUCUUUUAAAGCUGUUAGCCUCUUUGGCGGUGGAAACUGCUACCAAACCGUUAUUAAGAGGAGAGCAGAUGGCAAAGCCCCAACUUCCCAUGUGAGCUCUUUAUAGACACAGAAGUCUCUUCUGCAUGCACACAUAGGCCAUUUCCAUAUUACUCACCUUCAUCCAGAACGGG